GGCCGGCGGGGCACGUGUCUCGGACGCAGCUCGCGGCCGCCCCGGCAGGAGCUCCGAGGCUGGGCGGCUCCGCUCCGCCUCCGCCGCCGCCGCCGCGCCGCGCCGGCCCCCGGGAGGAGAGCCGCGGAGCGAGGGACGCGGGCAGCCAUGGCCGAAGCGGCGCCCGCCCCGGCUCCAGAGAGGGACAGGCCAACAGGGGAUGAAAGGCCUUCGACUCCUUCUCCAUCACCCCAGCUGGCCGCUGAGAAGAACUCCUACCUCUACUCCACGGAGAUCACACUGUGGACCGUGGUGGCCGCCAUCCAGGCCUUGGAAAAAAAGGUGGAUUCCUGCCUGACCCGCCUGCUGACUCUGGAGGGGCGGGCAGGGACGGCCGAGAAGAAGCUGGCCGACUGUGAGAAGACGGCCGUGGAGUUUGGGAACCAGCUGGAGGGCAAGUGGGCCAUGCUGGGGACCCUGCUCCAGGAGUACGGGCUGCUGCAGAGGCGGCUGGAGAACGUGGAGAACCUGCUGAGGAACAGGAACUUCUGGAUUCUGCGGCUGCCCCCCGGCAGCAAGGGCGAGGCCCCCAAGGUGCCCGUGACCUUUGAUGACGUGGCCGUGUAUUUCUCUGAGCUUGAGUGGGGCAAACUGGACGAGUGGCAGAAGGAGCUAUACAAGCACGUGAUGAGGGGCAACUACGAGAUGCUGGUCUCCCUGGAUUAUGCCAUCUCCAAGCCGGACAUCCUCACCCGGAUGGAGAGGGGAGAGGAGCCUUGUCCUGAAGGCCCGUGGGGCCGAGAGGAAGGGAAUGAGAGAGAGGAAGCGUGCCUCCGCAGGCCAGGCGCUGGCCUUCCUCCGUACCCAGAGCAGAUCCCCGGCCCGGUCAGCCCUGCCCGGGCGGAGCCAAAAGAAGAUCAGGCCCUGGAGCACCAGCGAGACUGGGAAACAAGGGUGACCCCGCCGGAAACGGGCACUGGGCCCCCAGCUGGCAUCAGCAUUUUGUCUUCAGUUAAACAAGAGGAAGACUCUUCAGAUGGAGAGUCAUCAACCUGCCCUCCCAGGGACAUCCUGCCCAGCUUGGGGCCGGGGGGCGGCGCUGUGGUCAUCAAGACGGAAGCACCAUCCGAGGACGAGAUGACGCUGGAGCCGCCCUUCCCCGGGGCGUCCCCGAGCCGGGCCGCGUGUGGAAUCCCCAAAGGGCCCAGGAGCAGGACCGGGGGUUCUGGCCGGCUUCACGCGGGGGGCAUCCCCCGGGCACGGGCAGGGGACCCCCGGCCCACGGGGGCCGGGGCCCAGCCGCCCCGCGUCCUCCCGCGUCGGCGAGAGCGGGCCUUCCCCUGCCCUGACUGCGGCCAGAGCUUCCGCCUGAAGAUCAACCUGACCAUUCAUCAGCGGAGCCAUGUGGAAGAGGAGCACCGGGAGGCCCGGGGCGGCUCGCCCACCGGGUGGGGGGACGCGCACUCGACAUUGGAGCCAGGGGAGGUGGUGGUGCCCGGCCCAGUCAUCCGCUGGCUCCCCGAGGAGCGCGAGAGCCGGCGGCCUUUUGUGGGGCGGAGGCCAGCGGCCGCCAAGGUGUACCACUGCAGCGAGUGCCUGCGCUUCUUCCAGCAGCGGAAGAGCCUGCUGCUGCACCAGCGCCUGCACACGGGCAACAGCCAGGGCUGGCCCGCCUGCCCCUACUGCGGCAAGGCCUUCCGCCGGCCCUCCGACCUCUUCCGGCACCAGCGCAUCCACACCGGCGAGCGGCCCUACCGGUGUACCCAGUGCGGCCGGGCCUUCAACCGCAACCACCACCUGGCGGUGCACAUGCAGACGCACGCCCGGGGCCAGGUGGGCCCGCCCUGUCCCGGGUCCCCCGCGCUCCUGGGGAGCCCGCCGCGGCCCCGGCCCAGCCACUCGGAGGAGGGCUGACCAGGCAGGCGGACAUCCUGGGCAGGACCUUCUCUUCCCCCGCCCCUGCGGAGCUUUUCCACUCGUGCCUGACGCUGGUUCCUUCUUGGAUGGCUCUGGGGAGACUUUUAUCCCCCUUUUAUUCAAAUGGGAAGCCGUGGCUUUUAUGAUGACAGACUGUAUGGGGUGACCAGAUGCUUCAGUUCCCUAAGUUUGUCACUUUUUGCUGCCUUUUCUACAUUCCUGACUUAUAACGGCUCCAUUAAGGCUUAGGGGAGUCCGCGCUUCAGUGGGGGCCUUUGACCAGUAGCAUGGAUGGACAAGAGAGCCAGGGUGAUAGGCACAUUGAGGGCCUGGGGUUUCUCCAUCAACAAGAGAAACAGCAGAGUGGACAGAAAGCCUGAAGAAUAGGUGCUAGAAAUUUGAAUUUGUUACUAUUAUUUUGAAACUUCUUUUUUUUUUAUAUAUAGUUUUUCUAAGUGCUUUUGUAAGUAUUAUGUGUGGUUGUAAAGGGGACCAAGAUCUCCUGAGGGACAGGAAUUACCCUGCCGCCUCCUUGUGUGGGAAUGGCAGAGGCGCUGUCCAGACCAGCCUGGGGAUGCCGGCUGAUGGUGGUGCCUCAGCUGCUGCCCUGGAAACCAGUUAUCUUCCUAGAAGUGUGUGCUUGGCCCAGAGUGAUUCCCAGUAUUUCCUGUUCUUUCCUCAGUGGGUGUUCGCAUCCAUGAUUAACUCUGGUAAUCAGCUGAGAUUGGGGGGGAACUGAAGCCUGGAGUGGAUGACAUUUCCCCCAGGGUCUCAGUAUUCAUGGGUGUGCAUGCAUGCUCCAUGGACCCCACCUGGGGGGUGGGGGGUGGGGGUCAGGUGCACCAUGGGCCCAGGAAGUCCUUCUCCUAGGGGAAGGUCCUACUCAGAGUGAGACUGGUGAGCCAGAGUGGACUGUGGGAUUGCCAGGCCUGACUUGUCAUGUUAAAGGAUGGAGUGUCUUCUAGAACUUGGGGCUCAUGGCAGAGUUAGGCCAGGAGAUCUAGGUGAAUCUUUUAGCCACCACCAGCCUCACGUUCCUUAUCUGUCAAAGGUGGUUAUGACCCAAGUGCAUCCUCCUCCACCUUAGAGUGGUCACGGUCAUAAUAGAUUUGGCGGCAACGGAAGGAUAGGAAGCCUAUUUUUGACCUUCCUUUCACCUUCAGGGCCCCCUUCAUCUCCAGGUCUUUUUCCACUCAGAAUCACUCAAGAAGGACCUUUAUUUUCCGGAGCGCGUGGAAGAUCCUUCAGGUGCAGAGUGAGAUGAGACUCCCUUUGGGCCAUAUCCUGCAGGAGCCAUCAGUAUCUCAGUGGAACAAAACUCUUACCAAAGCAAAGAGGUUCAGACGGGCAGUUUGGACAAGAGCAUCGGGCCUCAAGGAGAUGUCCUGAUGGCAGCUAGCUUCUUGUGCCUCUUACAUCAUACCACUUUGGGUGCUACCUAGAGACCAGCCCUUGGUUUGGCUGAUUUCAAAGCUGCAGUCGGGUCCUCAGCUGUUCUGAUUGUUGUCUUAUCUGUCUGGCACUGUGUGGAUCAUCCAGUGUUCAAGCCUGCCUCCAGGUGCCUGGGUCCCUGGCUGUGCCACUUCUGUUGCCCGCCUCUGACUCUCCCUACCUCUCCUAAAGUCCUCAGCAGAGAGGGAGCAGAUGGAAACACUGCUGUCAUUUCUGGGGCAGAGUGUACACGUCAAUGACAGCUCAGCCAGGCCUGCCAUAGAUUCUGUUUGUCUGUUCUUGCAUCCUCCAUCCCUUGCCAGAGGCCCCACAGUCAGGACUGGGCUGUCAGCAAGUGUGCAGACAGGAUGUGGUGCUAGUGUAGCUGAUGAGAGCUUAACCCUCAGCUGCAGAGCUAGUCUCAGGUGUUUCCUUGGGGAUGCCUCAGGGCUCAGAGCUUCUAGGCCUUUUUAAUGCUUAAUGCCCUAUGUAAAUACAGAGACUCAGACCGAAGGAGCAAUCACUAUGCACUGGUGCUCCCCCUUCUUCCAAAGCACUCAGUGUUCCAGGCUCCAGGCUAGGCCCUGCGAGUUUGCAUGGCGCUCAAUAGGUGUUCAAAGGACCUUACUUUACACUAAAAUGAAUCAAUGGAGGCUGCGUGACCUGGAAGGAUGGAACCUGGUUUGACCCCAGACUCCAGCUCUGGGUCUCAGGUGCCUCAUUCAUAAAGCAGAAGUUGGGGUUCUGGUGUUAAAGGCCCUUAAGAACUAUGACGGUGGCGAAACCUUGGCCGCAUCAUUGCUCAGUAAAUACGCUGGACUCGA